AAGUAAUGAAAAGAUAUGGCGCCGCGUGAGAGUUGAAAACUAAGAGUGAAAAUAUCCUUUCAGUGUUAGUAUGAAUGAAAAACAUUGAGCGGAAGAUUUAAUUUAUGGCGUCGUGAGGUUCCUAAAUCUUCUUAACCGAAAGCCGGUGGUGUGGUAAUACUGCGAUCAGGCCAGAAUGAGCUCUAAAGUUAAGGUGGCCGUUCGUGUUAGGCCAUUUAAUCGCCGAGAGAUCGAUUUGGGAACAAAAUGCGUCGUAGAUAUGGACGAUACGCAAACGAUAUUGUUUUCAUCGGCCUCAAGAGACAGAAAGAACACGAAGACUUUUGCAUUUGACCACUGCUUUUGGUCAAUGGAAGAAAGUAACAACAAAUAUGCAAGCCAGGAAAAAGUUUACAAGUGUCUUGGUGCAGAUGUUUUGGAGAAUUCGUUUGAGGGUUACAAUGCCUGCAUUUUUGCUUAUGGACAAACAGGAUCUGGAAAGACGUACACCAUGAUGGGAAGCCAGAACCAGACAGGCCUGAUUCCCAGGCUGUGCAAUGAACUAUUUGAUAGAAUUUCAGGUAAUGAAGAUGAGAACAUUACAUACAAAGUGGAAGUCUCCUAUAUUGAAAUCUACAAUGAGAAAGUUAGAGAUUUAUUAUGCCCAAGAGGGAACCAUGCAACACUACGAGUGCGAGAACACAAGAUCUUAGGACCUUAUGUAGAAGGACUCACAAAACUUGUUGUGUCAUCAUUCAAGGAUAUUGAAAAUCUGAUGAUUGAAGGCAACAAGUCAAGAACCGUUGCUGCUACAAAUAUGAACACAGAGAGCAGCAGAUCACAUGCAGUGUUCAACAUUGUACUCACAAGAUCUGAGUAUGAUAAAGAAACAGAGUCUGUUGGUGAAAAAGUGAGCAAACUUAGUCUUGUAGACUUAGCAGGCAGUGAAAGGGCCAGUAAGAGUGGGGCUGAGGGAGAGAGACUAAAAGAGGGCAGUAACAUCAACAGAUCCUUGGUUACUCUGGGUCAAGUUAUUUCAAGUCUUGCUGAGUCUGGAGGUAAAGGAAAAAAGGCACUUCAUGUACCAUACAGAGAUUCUGUUCUCACAUGGUUAUUAAAGGACAACCUUGGUGGCAAUAGUAAAACCGUGAUGGUGGCCACUGUUAGUCCUGCUGCAGAUAACUAUGAAGAGACUCUCUCUACAUUACGAUAUGCUGACAGAGCAAAACGUAUUGUUAACCAUGCUGUGGUGAACGAAGAUCCAAAUGCAAAGAUUAUCCGAGAGUUGCGUGAAGAAGUUGACCGUUUAAAGAGGAUGCUUGCAGCUAAGAUUGCUGGGAAGUCGCACAUUGUUGAACCUGGAGAGACCACCAUUGAGAUCAAAGAAAUGUUGUCCGAGAGUGAGAAGCUGAUGAGUGAAUGUACAAUGACAUGGGAACAGAAGGAGAAACAAACAGAAAAAAUUCAACAGGAAAGACACAAGGCUCUUGAAGAGAUGGGCAUCUCAGUACAAUCCUCAGGGAUUGCAGUGGAAAAGUCCAAGUUUUACCUUGUCAAUUUGAAUGCUGAUCCCUCAAUGAAUGAGCUGCUUGUUUACUAUCUAAAGGAACAUACUAUUGUUGGAAGACCAGAUGCAACACAUGCACCAGAUAUUCAACUGGGCGGCCUUGGAAUACUACAGGAGCACUGUCAACUUGAUAUAGAAGGCAAUGAAGUGUAUGUUACACCGCUGGCCAAAACAGGGACAUGUGUUAACGGAAGACUUGUGGAAGAGAAGACUCAGCUCAAACAUGGAGAUCGCAUUCUUUGGGGAAACAAUCAUUACUUCAGAAUAAACUGCCCCCGUUUACCAGGAAGUGAACAGCAAGUGGAACAAACGGUUGAUUUCCAGUUUGCCCAGACGGAGUUAAUGAUGAAUGAAAUGAACGCAGGACCCCUCAAAGAAUCUGUCAAAGCUCUUGAAGAGCAAUAUAAAGCUGAAAAACAAGGAGCCUUAGACAAACAACGUCAAAUGUACGAAGAAAAGAUUGAGGAAUUACGUAAUCAAAUGGUUCCAUUGGGACGGCAGAACAUGGGAGAACGAACAGUCAGUAUCGGCUCUUUCAGAUCCGGAUACGGAUCAUCGAGGAUGUCAUGGUGUGAUGACAGCAGGGAGAAUCUGAUUCAGUUUGAAAGAAAACCCUUGGUGCUCAGAGAGGAAGUGAUCAAAGCUAACGCUCUUGCUAGGGAAGCCAAUCAGUUGAGUGAAGAGAUGGGUAAAGAAACGGAAUUUGCUGUGACGCUUCAGAUUCCAACAUCGAGUUUAAGCUUUGGCCGGAGCAGACCUGGAUUCAGCAGUGAAGUUGCUAUUGUUGUGAAGCACAAGUCGAAAGGGACACAGACGGCUGAAGGUUGAGGUGUCUAGGAUUUCAGAAAAAGCUCAGAAGAAGAAAUCUAGAGAAGAGCGAGGUGACACUGAAGAAACCUCGAGCGACGAAGAAGAUGGUUCGUUAGUCAUACAUGACGAUAAUGGUGACGAUGACGAUGAUGAGCUGGUCAAAGGCUCGCAGAUGCAUGUAGAGGUCAAGGUUGUCGAGGCGUAUGACCUCCCCCCAGCUCUGUGUAAUUACGUGUUCUGUCAGUACAAGUUUUGGAAUGACGAUAAUACCAUUGUGGUGCCACCCAUUAAUGCCAGUAUUUCUCAGCCUGGGCCAAAGACCAACACGAUGAUUUUCGAGCACAAGCAGGUAUUUGAUAUGGAAGUUACGGACGAAUUCGUUGAGUAUGCAUCCGAGGGCUCCCUCGCCAUUGAAGUCUGGGGAAACCGAAUGAAAGGAUUUGAUUCACAAAGCAAAGUAAUGUUAAACUGGAACGUGGAACCUCAGCAAAAAGGACUCCACGACAGAUGGGGAGAACUCUUACGAAAGAUGCGGCUCUGGGUGGAAAUAUUAGAAAUCAAUGAUCAAGGGGUCUAUGCACCUGUAGAGCUUCACAUUCAAAAAGACAAUCUAACUGGUGGAGUAUUUCAGCUGCGUCAAGGUCACUCGCGGCGAAUCGCUGUGCGCGUCCAGCCUGUACCAAGGGCCGGUUCACUUCCGGUUGUGUGUGACAUUAUUUCCGCUGUGUAUAUUGGGAGUGUUUCGAUGAGAACUAAGAAUCAACAACCGCUGGACAGCUAUCAAGAGAAAGAUCUUGCCAUUCUGCGUGAAAAGUGGUCCACUUCUUUGAUGAAAAGGCGGGAGUACUUGGAUGAGCAAAUUCACUCUUUAAUCGACAAACAAGAUAAAUCAGCCAGCGAUAAAGAGCGAGAGAGCUGGAUGAUCGACCAAUGGGUGUGUCUCACAGAGGAGAGGAACGCUGUCCUUGUUCCAAUACGAGGAAGUGGAAUCCCCGGUGCUCCGCCUCUUGAAGGGACCGUGCCUCUGGGAAUGGAGAAGUACAAUCCUGUUAUAUUUCUGGAUCUUCAGAAUGACGACGUGAGAAGCGGCUGUAUGGAAGAAGGAGGCCCUGCAGGAGUGGAUUCUACUCUUGUAUUCGAAAAUUCCGACAACAUGAUGGAACUACCGAUCAUAAACUACGAUCAGAAGCAGGUUUCUGCCACUGUGUUAUGGGACUCGUCAAUUCACGAUUCCGUGUUUCUUAACCGUGUCACACAGUCACACGAGAGAGUUUAUCUGAUUUUAAAAGUUAUCGUUCGCCUCGCGAGUCCAAUCGCGAUGGAUCUGGUCCUACGGAAAAGAAUUUCAGUCAAAAUAUACAAGAAACAAAGCUGGAAAGACAGUUUACUUAGAAAAAUCACAAAGGAUAUCAUAACACGGUCUGGCGUGACCUACGAACUUGUGUCACACAUUCCACGGCAACCAGGAGAGGAGACAGAAGAACGUGAGAGCCUGGCGCAAAUGGCUGCAUUGGCUGUGGGAGAAGGGGAGGAGGAGGAUGAAUCUGUGUUGAGAAAAUACAGCAAAGGAAUCUCACAUGUGGAAAGUUUGUUGGCACUCGAUCGACUUAGACAGGAAGUUAUGGUGAAGGAGAAAUUGGCAGCCAUUGGGAAACCCUUGAGGAAAUUUGCUAGUACUCCAAACUUAGCCGCUACGUCAGGAGACCUUUCGUUUGGGUUCAGUGGAAAAGAUGAUCGAUUUGAUUCCCCAGAGAGUCACAAACUUUGGAAUACAAGGACUAACAAAAGAAGCGACCUUCUUCUACCGGGGAGUUUCACAGAUCCUCGGCCAAUAAGACCAACGAAGGAGGAUAUUUUACUCGACCUUUCACAAAUGAAUGAAAAAUUCAGCAGCUCUUCCCCCACCUCGUCAGGCGUCGUAUUGCGGAACUCGAGUGGCGGAUCAUCUAACUCACGCCCCAGCUCCCUGAUCAUGGAACUUGAGCCUCUGGAAGAGGAUGAAUCUUCUCCAGCGCCGAGUCCUCAAGUUAGGAAAAAUCCCGAGGCUUUGUUUGACUUUCAGGAGACUGGAACCCAAGGGUCAUCUGAAGGAACAGUCAGCCCCCUUUCGGAUGAACUUCGGGAACGUUCCGGUAGCGCUGAUACACUAACGUGUGAAGAUCCCUCGAUGCCGAUGCCGACGCCGACUGCUUCGGGUGAAGAUUUAACAAAUCCACCUGUAGAGUCAAACGAUUUCAAAUCGAUUAGUUUGGGCAAUAACUUGAUAGAUCUUGCUUCCGAGAAGAGCAAUGCGAAGCCAAGUAUGGGAAUUACCUUACGCGGUUUAGAUGACGCACUGGACGACGAAGAAGACGAAGAUGAACUCUCAACGCUUCUCAUACAAACUCAGGAGGCGAAGGAAACAUUGAAACUACAAGGAGAUAGUGAACAGCAGAAUUCUAGUCCACACGAAAACUCAAACUCUAGCAGUCGAGAGGAUCUACUGAGUUCUUUCGAGGGGGAGGAUGUGCACGAUUCGCUGGAUUCCCUGGGGGAUUUGAAAAAGGGGCAGGUUAUUUGCGUCGGAGACAAGAAAACCGGAAGGAUAAGAUAUAUUGGACCGACAGAAUUCGCCUCUGGCGUUUGGAUUGGUGUUGAAUUGGACACGCCCUCGGGAAAAAAUGACGGUUCUGUGAGUGGUCAGCGUUACUUCGCUUGUAAGCCUCGUUAUGGAUCUUUUGUGAAACCUGAGAAGGUAUUUCCUAUCGAAUCUGUCAAGCGAGAAGCAGCUGGCCAGAAAGGCUCGGGGCGAGCUAACAGCCCUUCUCAGAGUCCCGUGGUCAUGAGAAAACAAACACGUGACAACCGACGUAAGAAUGAAUGGAAAAGAAGAUCAAACAUUUUAUUUUAAACAACACAAUCUGGUGUAAAUAAAAAACAAGAGACAAAGUUGGGAAAAUUCACGGGAUACUAUCAGACAUUUGAUCAGCAGGGAUUUGCUAAAGACAUCAGACAUAUUUUUUUAUUGAAUCAACUGUUCUGUUCGAGGACAAACAAUCCGUACUCAGGAAUUUGGAAACCAUUUGGAAUUUAUACAUAUAAUGUGGCUAAAAGUGGGCAAACUGUUUGAAAACUUUUUAUUCCUCAGGUAUGUGUAGUGUUGUUCAUACGAGUAGAUGUUAAAUUAUUCCCAGUGCAAAAAUUUUCCUCGAAGAGAAAACCUUAAAAUACCAUUUUUGAUAAGUAUGGGGCUACGCUGUACGCAGUGCGAGCUCGACAUCAGAACUCCAAAAUGUUGCGAAUCAACCAGAAAAGGAGAAUGAUGGCCAAGGAUGGACACAUUGAAAAUGGCAAACUUGUGCCAAAUGUUUUGCCGUACAAAAACUUUUUUAACUCGAUGAAGACGACAAACUAUUAGCUGAGUGAGAUGGGAGAACAUGAGCAUGGCAAUGAUAAGCCAAGAAGGAACAUGUAUGGCUAAAGAUGGAGAAGAUUCGCACGAACAAUGAACUUAAUAAAUACAAACUGAAUUAUUCAAGAUUCGCCUUUCGUGAGGAGCAGCUCCUAUUGGAUAGUUUGUAGUGUAGAAAUUUCUGGAAACAUUAGUGACUUGGACGGUUCACAGUUUGUAUUUUAUGGACCUAAAUAAUCAUUUUUUUAUGUAUCACAAUAGUAAAUACGCUAGCAGGAUCUUAAGUAAUUUUGACGGAAUGUUAAGAGCUCCAAGCUUAAAAUGAACGAGAAUGAGAUUUGGAAUUACCCGCAAGUAAAUUAUGAAUUGUACAGUUUCGAAUUCGAGUGCGCGAGAAUCAACAGGCAUUUCUGAGAAGGUAAAAUGGAGUUAGAAAUGAAGACAGGUAUUUAUUUUAAUGGUUUAAAAUUUUUGCAGCGAUUUGUAUUCAAACAAAUGGGUCUGGGCUCUCCCUGAUUAGCCUCAUACACCCAAAUAUUAAAAAUACCCCUCGGGUAAGAGGACGCUGGUAUACCGCAGGGGGACAACGUCCUGUAAUUCCCAGGGAUAGCGAUAUAAGCUUGAGAACAGUAACUGCUUUUGGUAAAUGUCACGUAGCAAGGGAAGGGGUAGGAGGUUGGUUUGUGGGGGGUAGGAUCGAGUAGCCUUAAUUGUCGUCAAAAUUGCGACAAUUUUGAAAAUACAUUUGGACGUUCCACCAAAGUUUUCAGACCUUUUCCGCACUCCGACUAGAAAGGCAGCGAGUUAGAUCGAGGUUUGAUCAGAAUGGCGAAAGUUUAGAAGUGAGGUUCACAGACCUAAAACUGCGAGGAAAACAUGGAAUCCGAAGUCUGCUUCCCUCCCGAUUAUUCUGGUACCAAGGGAAUUUUUUAUACCAUAACGAACUUAAAAAGAAUGACCAACAACAUUUGAGUCGACGAAUAAAAAAGAUUAAAUGUACAGUUGUUUUUAUCGUAA